UGCUUGUAACCUCUUUCUACCUCGGGUAGGGAUCUGAGCUUCUGACGGUGGGAUUAGGAAGCAUAAAGGUAUUACAGAGAGAUGCCUCGGGUUGCAAAGAGCCUCUCAUCCACUGUGAAGAAAGCAACCAGGCAGCUUACAGGAAAGUUUUCGGCUCCGAAGCCUGAAAGAGAAACAUCAGUCACCCAGGAGUGGUCAAAAUGAGUGACAACGCUACCUUGGCUCCUCCAGCACCAAACCAGGGUCCCACCACCCCCCGCAAAGGGCCACCCAAGUUUAAGCAGAGGCAGACUCGCCAGUUCAAGAGCAAGCCUCCAAAGAAAGGUGUGAAAGGGUUUGGAGAUGACAUUCCAGGCAUGGAGGGGCUAGGGACAGAUAUCACGGUGAUCUGUCCCUGGGAGGCAUUCAGCCACCUGGAAUUACAUGAGCUCGCUCAGUUUGGGAUUAUCUAAGACACCAGAGGCUCUGCCUAAAGCAUCUCACUCAUCAGCAUCUUCUCUAAAGUUGGUUACUUUGCCAAAGCUGGCAAAGAAUCUGGAAAUUUGGUAGUCACAAGUAGUUUUGGGGGGCUUAUGUGGCCAUUUCUGAUCAGUUACUAUUGAGUUCUCAUAGUGUUAGAAUCACUCUUGCAGUAAGGCUCAGCAAGAAAUAGUAAAUGAAAAUCUUUAUCUGUUGGGAGCAUUUCAGGUUUUUCCACCUUUUCCUAUCAGCUGGUCAGAAGUCAUCAGCAUUUCUUUAUGUUUUGUGUAAGUUUCCUAAAUUUAUUUUUGUGAAGCAUUCAUUGUAAUUAGCAGUAGACCUCUAACACUUAUGUCACAUUCCUUCCCUUUUUAUUUAAUAAAGGAGAUAUUUCCCUUUAAUCUCA